CAAUGUCCACGAUUUCAAAACCAGGAUUACGAACGAAAUGCAUAAUAUCCUAUAUUUCUGAUCGCAUUAUGGCAGGAUUACAUGUUUUUUGUAUUAUUAUUAUUAUUGUGAAUGGCUUUAUAGGGCACGUUUCCUUGAAGUCCCGCGCGCAUGCGCUUUGAUCCCCUCCUAUUUUAUAAAAAAAAAAAAAUCAGACGAAAAUGGCUACCUUUCUCAUUUAAACCUCUGUCCUAGAAGAUUAAAUAAAGAUGAAAUACCCGGCGCAUAAUGUAAACCAGGAUCAAGUCAAUAUCCAUGGAUUAUAGGGCGUAGAAUGCAUCCGUUUGUAUCAUGAUGUUGUGGCGGUCAAGAAUGGAAAAUCUAUCCGUUUCAUAUUUAACCCAUUGCAUCCAUGAUCCGCCUUCAAAUUAGAAAAUGAUGCACCAAGUCACUAGCAGCAGCAAUGACUAUUGCAUGAGUGGCCUUGCAGAGGAAUGUCAACACCCAACCAGCCACUUUGACUUAUGUAGCUCGCAAUCCAACAAAUUCUACCCUUCGCCCCCACCUCCUACUCUACAGCUGCCUCGCCCUAACCUACCCCCUCUUCCACAGGGCAUGCACAAACCCAUGCCGUGUCAAAUGCAACAAGAGACCCAGAAUGAGUUCCACGCUCAGACAGUGAGGAUCCGAGGGCCCAGUGAGGCUCCAACUGGGCCAGAGAGCUCCAAGAAAAAAAAAGGAAGUGUCGUCAAAUCCGGCCGUAGAGGGAGACCCUCGGGGACCACUAAGUCAGCCGGUUACCGGACAAGCACCGGACGUCCGUUGGGGACCACGAAAGCUGCGGGGUUCAAGACCAGUCCCGGCAGGCCUCUGGGUACAACCAAAGCGGCGGGCUACAAGGUUAGCCCUGGGAGGCCUCCUGGUAGCAUCAAGACUCUGGCUCGGCUCAAGAAACUGGAGUAUGGGAGCUGUGAUGGUACCAAGAAACUAGACUUCAGUAACUGCGGCGGCGGAGCCAAGAAACUGGACUAUGCCAGCUGCGAAGUGGCACCUUUCCCUUACACCCUGAUGCAGAAACGAGGCUUGCGUGAGUCUACUGGCAAAGUGGAGGAAACUAACGAGUAGUUAUGCCUGUGUUUCUAUCUAUUGCCUAGAACUCAUAUUUGAGUGCUUGUCCUAAAGGAUGUUGAUGACCAGAAGGGACUCAUGUAGCCAAAAUAUGGGUUGACUUUUGGAUAGGUCUGGCACUGGCUACCUAAGAAUGGCUCCUCCUCUCUUCAAUGUACUCUGCUGAUAUCGUCACCAUUUACUCUGUCCCUAUCCAAAGACUGAAAUCGCUCUCUUUUUUUUCUCAAUAAGUUUGCUAUCUUAUUUUACAGAGAUUGCAUGGUGAGACAUAUAAUAAAUACAAUCAAUAUACUUUAGCUAAACAGGAAUGAGAGAAAUAGCCUACUAUUCAUCAUAAUCUGUUCAAAUGCUCGCUGUCUGGAGAAGGGUUGUUGUUUUGUUCAAAUGUUUAAAUAUCUGAUCUGUUUUAUUCAUCUGUUUAUGUUAUGCUCUGAUAUAAUGUGCUUUAUUAUUAGUAGUCUUCUUGUCAUUGAAAACAUUUGUCGGAGUAGAAAACAACACAAAAAAACUAGCAAAACGUGAAUCUUAAGCUUCUCCCAGAGUGCAUGUGGCAGUGUUUGUGUCUUUUUGUGUUGUCUGGUAUGACAUGUAUUUCAUUUGUGUUUAUAUGCAGCAUUACGAGACAUGGGACUGGAUUCAAUGCGAUAUAACAUUGUUAUAACACAGUUUCUGUCAUUUCGCUUGAACUGUGCAUCUGAAAACCUCUCAUAAUACUUAUUUGACGACAUAGCAAUUGUUAUUUCUAACACUUUGUAAAUAUGAAUGGUUUUUGUCUUCUCAAUGUAAUGUAUUAUUCUUUGUUCUUACACGGUAACUAUCACUUGAUAAAAGCAAACCCAGAAUGAAAUGUCGUUAUGCUGUUGAGUAGGAGCUAUAAUUUUAGAGAGAAAACGCUAGGUGGUGGAGUAUGUGUAACGAUAUUGUAAUGUAUGUAUGACCCCCCCAAAAAUAAUGAAAUGGUCAUUCCAAAAUGA